AAAAACCUUGUUGUUGUUGUUAUUCCCCUUCCCGCUGUUUCCUCUCAUUCUUCUCUUUCAGUCCUUAGGCUGUCAUAUUUUCUCUAUCUUCUUCCUCAAAAUCUCCCAAUACAUACAUAUGUGUACAUAUGUGUCUGUUACUCUUUGAAACCAUACGUAUUGAGCAUCAUGAAGGAGAAACCCUAGCUUUCCCUAAACCCUAAUUUAUCCAAUUCUCCCUCAAUUCUGUAUGACCAGCAUUUGAUUUGUAGGCCUUUUUUUUCUUCAAAUCGUCUUUAUAUUUAAUAGUGCGCUUAUACCUGAGAAGAAAGGAGAAGAGAAGGGAAGAUAUAGAGAAUGGAGGGAAUACCACAACCGAUACCGAGAACUGUUGAGGAGGUGUUCACUGACUUCAAAGGCAGAAGAGCUGGAUUGAUCAAGGCUCUCACCCUUGAAGUGGAGAAGUUUUAUCAGCUGUGCGACCCUGAGAAGGAGAACCUGUGUCUGUAUGGGCUGCCAAAUGAGACAUGGGAAGUCAACGUGCCUGUUGAGGAGGUGCCUCCAGAAAUUCCUGAACCAGCAUUAGGUAUAAACUUUGCUAGGGAUGGGAUGCAAGAGAAGGACUGGUUAUCACUUGUUGCUGUUCACAGUGAUUCAUGGUUGCUUUCUGUUGCAUUCUAUUUUGGUGCACGUUUUGGGUUUGGUAAGAGUGAAAGGAAGAGGCUUUUCCAGAUGAUCAAUGAUCUCCCACCCAUAUUUGAAUUAGUGACAGGAAAUGUGAAGCAGUCAAAGGACCAGUCCACCAUGCACAACAAUAGCAACAAAAGCAAAUCAAGUGGGAAGACGCAGUCUCGACAGCCUGACUCCCAGCCAAAGGCAGUAAAGCUGUCUCUACCACCUAAAGAAGAGGAUGAGAAUGGCGAGGAGGAAGAAGAAGACGAUGAACAGGGAGCAACGCUAUGUGGGGCUUGCGGGGAUAACUAUGCGCAUGAUGAAUUCUGGAUUUGCUGUGAUGUGUGCGAGAGAUGGUUCCAUGGCAAAUGCGUAAAGAUUACACCUGCCAAGGCUGAGCAUAUCAAGCAGUACAAGUGCCCCAGUUGCAGUAACAAGAGGGCUAGAGUUUAAAUCUAGGUUCUGAAGUUGGACAGGAGAUAAAUCAAGCAGAGCAUAUAGUGUUUAGAACUUGUUAGAUUUCUAUUUCAAAAUGACUGAAGUUGCCGCCCUUAUUUCAGUUGAUCAGUUAGAAUGUCUGCUGAUGGGAUUUCAACUUAGAAUACUCUUUUAUGUUCCUGUUUUGUCCCAAAAUUGUCUUCUAAUGGAAUGGAUGUGAUCGUCUUCUAUGAGCAUGUCCAGUUGUCUUCUUCACUUCCGUUUAAUAUCAAA